CAUAAAUCAAGAGAGGGAGGGGGAGAGAGAGGAGAGAGAAAAUUAGGGUUUAGGGUUAUAUAUAGAAGUGGAUGAAGAUAUGGAAUUAAUGGAGUCUAUGUUUGUAGCAGAAGAAGAUCAUGCCAAUAUUAAUCGAACAGCCUUCUUUCAACACUUUAUCCACUCUUUCCCUGGCUGUUCUUACAUUUCUCUUUGGUCUCAUCAUCACCACCAUCAUUACAACACCAGCUGCUUGAUAUACCUUGAUGGAGUCUACACACACCCGGCCCGAGCCCGAGCCCGAGCCCGAUUCGACGCCUAUCGUGAAUCCAUCCACUACGUCGAUCACGGACGAUUCCCGGGGUUCGCCUUCAAGAACAACCUUCCUUAUAUAGAGUUCAAGGUGGAUUGUCUCCUUAGGUUUGCUUCUUCUCAACUUCAACUACAAUUCUACAAGGAAGCUGGGAUUAAGAUUGUCGUGUUUAUGGGCUGCUCCGGAGGGGAGAUUGAGUUAGGCCUUUCGACCGAGUCUCAGGUAGAUCUUCGAAUGGAAAUCGAAAAAUGGUUCCCUCUUGAUUUUUCAAGAGGAUCCACGCAUCUCGACGCUAAUCAUAAUUCCCACACGGCAUCCUCAUCGUUGUCCUUGUCGGGGGACACGACGAGCAACUAUUCUUAUUCGUACCCAUACAACAAUGUCGACUCGAAUCAUGCUUAUGUUAUCGGGGAGCCUAUAAAAGAAGCAUUUCUCGUGCAACAAAGUGUUGAACCGAGUUUUCGUCCGGCCGCUUUUACAAUUUAUCGGAAGGAAAAUUCUACGGCAUUCAAUGACAAAAAAUAUAGUCCGCAAAGACAACAUUAUAGCAUGUUCAAGAGAUCGGUUUUGUUCUUUAGAAAAUUGAGCGUAACGAGCAUCACGAAGCAAGGAAAUCGACCUAUGCCUACGCAGGUGCAUCACAUGAUAUCCGAGAGGAGGCGAAGGGAAAAGUUGAACGAGAGUUUCCAAGUGUUGAGAUCAUUGCUUCCCCCGGGAUCGAAGAAGGAUAAGGCGUCGGUUCUUUCCACCAUCACGAAUCACUUGUCUUCGUUGAAGUCUCAAGUGGAUGAGCUUCAGAAAAAGAAUCAAGAAUUGGAAUUGCUACUUUCGAGCGCUAAUGUCAAAGUAGCAUCGACUUCUUUUUCCCCUCUAUCCUCUUUCCCAAUGAAUCAAACGACGAGCAUCAAGAUCUCAAAUGAUUUAGGGGUACGAGUGAUGAAUUUGAUCGUGGAUUUGAGAUCGAGAGAAUGUGGAAUGCUCGAUUUGACCAGUAAAAUUUUGAACUUGUUGAAAGAGCGAAGAAAUGUGAGUUUGAUCUCCAUCAAAUCUAUCACAACUACCAGCGAAGCGAAUCUUAUACGCGGCUUAGAAUUGAGAUUCAAAGUCGAGGGUGUUGACGAUGAUAGGUUUGAUGAUGGUGAAUUCGAAGAAGCAGUAAGAAGAGUUCUUAUUAUUACAUAACAAAUAGAUACAGACAUGUGUAUGUAUAUAUAUAUAAAUAUGUACGUAUAUCUGUAUUUCUUAUAUAAUAUUUUCGUGAAAUAUUACUC